GGAGCCUGCCCAGCACAACGUGAGACGCCUGGGAGGCUCCGCCAGCAGCGGCUCAACUGCCCUGGAGAACGAUCAGACUUUGCCCGGACUCCAAGGGAAGAAUGCAGGCAAUCAAAUGUGUGGUUGUGGGAGAUGGGGCUGUAGGUAAGACCUGCCUUCUUAUCAGUUACACAACAAAUGCCUUUCCUGAGGAGUACAUUCCCACUGUCUUUGACAACUACAGCACCCAGACAUCUGUGGAUGGCCAAAUCGUCAGCCUGAACCUGUGGGACACUGCUGGCCAAGAGGAGUAUGAUCGCCUGAGAACACUCUCUUACCCACAGACCAAUAUCUUUGUCAUUUGUUUCUCCAUUGGCAACCCAUCGUCUUAUGCCAACGUGAGGCAUAAGUGGCACCCAGAGGUCUCCCAUCAUUGCCCCAACGUACCCGUCCUGCUGGUAGGCACCAAGAGGGAUCUGCGGAGUGAUCUUGAGACAGUGAAGAAGCUGAAGGAGCAGAGUCUAGUACCCACAACUCCUCAGCAAGGCACUUCCCUGGCUAAGCAGGUAGGGGCUGUGAAGUAUCUGGAAUGUUCAGCCCUGAUGCAGGAUGGGGUACAUGAAGUAUUUUCAGAAGCUGUCCGGGCUGUGCUUUAUCCUGCCACAAAGAAGAACACCAGGAAGUGUGUCCUCUUAUAGUGUCUGGGUGCUACUUGGGAUGGCAUCUAAG